CAACUUAUGUACCACCAAGGUGUUGUUAGCAGCUGCAGUAUGUUCGAAAUCUGGAAAAGCAAUUAUAUCACGCCAGUUUGUAGAGAUGACCCGUGCUCGCAUUGAAGGCCUCUUAGCAGCAUUUCCAAAAUUGUUAGGUUCUGGACGACAACAUACAUUUGUCGAGACUGAAAGUGUUCGAUAUGUGUAUCAGCCACUUGAGAAAUUAUAUAUGUUGCUAAUAACAACAAGAGCAAGUAAUAUUCUAGAAGAUUUAGAAACUCUUCGAUUAUUUUCUAGAGUGAUACCAGAGUAUUGUAAAAAUAUGGAUGAACAAGAUAUAACUGAGAAUUCAUUUAAUUUAAUAUUUGCAUUUGAUGAGAUAGUGGCAUUAGGAUAUAGAGAAAAUGUUAAUCUUGCACAAAUUCGUACAUUUGUGGAAAUGGAUUCCCACGAAGAAAAAGUUUAUCAAGCCAUACGUCAGACACAAGAACGUGAAGCAAAACAAAAGAUGAAGGAGAAAGCAAGAGAACUUCAACGAGCACGCCAAGAUGCUGCAAAGAAAGGAAGAACACCAGGAUUUGGUUCUGGUGGAUUUGGAAGUGGAAAUAUGGCUUAUCCAUCUUCACCUAUGAUUGGUGAUACAGCACCAUCUGUCCAAGAAUCACCAAAAACAACUUAUGUACCACCAAGUAGGCCAACUGGACCAAGCAAAGCAUUAAAACUUGGAAAUAAAAACAAAGAUGUUGAUUCCUUUGUUGAUCAAUUGAAGUCUGAAGGAGAAAAUGUGAUAAGUUCAACUGAACCAAUGAAACAAACAACAAUGAUUAAGAGCAGUUUGCCUCAUACUGAAAGUGUCCAUUUACAUGUUGAAGAAAAAAUUACUUUAACAGCUUUAAGAGAUGGUGGAUUGCAAAAUAUGGAAGUCCUUGGAUUAGUAACAUUACGCAUUACAGAUGAAAAAUAUGGAAAAGUAAAAAUACAAAUGGAAAAUAAAGAUGAUAAAGGAGCUCAGUUUCAAACCCAUCCAAACAUUGACAAGGAACUUUUUAAAACUCAUCAGCAGAUCGGACUGAGAAAUUCUACCAAACCAUUUCCAUUAAAUGCUGAUAUUGGUGUUUUAAAGUGGCGUUUUCAAACUCAGGAUGAUUCUUAUAUGCCAAUUUCAAUUAAUUGUUGGCCAUCUGAAAAUGGAAGUGGAGGCUGUGAUGUGAAUAUUGAAUAUGAAUUGGAACAAGACUUUUUAGAAUUAAAUGAUGUCACAAUUUCCAUUCCAAUUAUGUCUGGUUCAAGCUCGCCUAUUGUGACAGAAUGUGAAGGAGAAUAUUAUUAUGAUUCAAGGAAAAAUGUCCUGGAAUGGAAAAUGCCAGUAGUAGAUAGUAGUAAUAAAACUGGUUCUAUGGAAUUUAGUGCUAAUGGAAAACCCGGUGAUUUCUUCCCUGUUACUGUUAACUUUAUUUCAAACACUCCAUUUUGUAGCAUAAAGGUAGUUGAUGUCAUAUCAUUGGAAGGUGAUCAACCCGUCAAGUAUUCGACGGACACUGUCUUUUUAGUUGAAAAGUAUGAAGUUGUUUGAAA